GUUGGUCCGUUCAAAGGUAGUAGGGAUACUCACAUUCUUCUUCAAAUUUCAAGCUGUUGUUGCUCGUAAUUUAGAGUUUAGCUUGUACAAUGACGUAGAAUCAUGUCUAAUGAAUGAGUAUUUUGAUAAUAUUAGUUUAAAAUGUGUAGCCUGCCCUGUAAAUCAGACAACAGAAGAUCCUUAUACCUGUAACUGCCUCCCGGGAUUCAAGUCUGUUUAUAAUGAGAAAAACGAAUUGAAUUGUGAAGAAUGUCCGUCCUUUUAUGUCGCUUCUAAUGACAGGCUUAGCUGUAUUCCUUGUGAGGCAGAAUCUUAUUAUAAUGCCACUACCAAACAGUGUGAUCCAUGCACGGACCCAUUUCAAAUUAUGAUAGACAAAGGAAUCAAUGGGACGUAUUUAGACAAUGUGACGUGCUUAGAUUGUUCACCAGAGACCAUUCCAGGACAAGGCAUAUGCAUUCCUUGUCACUCAUCAUAUUAUGCUGCUAGUGGGGGUAGAUGUUCAUGUCCCAAAACCCAUGUAGAAAUUAAUGGCAUUUGUGUUCCCCAGACAGAGCUUGCCCAAAUCCCUGACAAAAUAAGCAGUUAUACUGUUGUGUAUGAAGAUGGUAAAAAAAUUCAGUCUUCCUUUUUUGAGACUAAUUUUAGAAUGGCAGCUCAUGCUUGUACUUUUUCUAAAAACUUUUCUUCAUGCCAGCUUUUGAGUAACUUGUGUGUUCUCUUACAUUAUACUUUUGAUGAUGACUAUAAUGCAUGUAGGUAUUACAGAGGAGAGUUUGGAGAUAAUUUCAUUAACCUUCCAAAUCACGUCCCUUGGUUAUAUUAUACGGAAGGUGAAGCAAAUGUGUAUCUAUCAAAGACCAGAUUAAAAACACAUUAUAGUUUCAAAGAAAAUAAUCCUGAUUCAAAGUUCAAUUUCACUGUGGCAAAAUAUUCACCAGAAGGGCACCUAAUUCAGUAUGGUCGCUUAGAGGAUGUACUAACAGUAUGCCCCUUAAUUAGUUUUGAUCUAGAUGAUGCAGUCAAGUUUGGAACAACUUUUACCAAAAGUUGUUCUAUGUCAGUAAGAGAUCUAUGGGAUAAAUAUGACACUGUAUUUUAUGAUGUGUUUAUACAGUAUUAUGAUGAAGAGGAUCACAUGAUUUAUGCAGUCCCAAUUCUGAAUAGGAAUUAUGUAGAGAAAGGUGAAAAGUUAAAUCAGCAAAGUGAGAAGAAAUGGCAACUCAUGCGUAGAUUUUUUUUGUUUGAUAAUCUAAGUGGUAGGGAGAGCCUGUCCCCAAACACACCAGAUAGCAUGGAAAGAGCAAAAGUAGUAAGAUAUGCUCAGAGCAUUGAAAUAGUUAUCAGACUAAGGGAAGGGGAAGGACAUGGCCUGAUUUUUCCACCACUAAUAAAGAUAACAUAUGGAGAAGUUAGUGACGACCAAUAUGAAUUGAACACAAUGGUGGAAACUAGUUUUAGGGUAUUAUAUACUAUGGACUUUUCAAAGAUCACAGAUGAUUUGUCUAUCUCUAUAGGUGUAAUGAGUGCCUUUGCAAUGCUGUGGUCAAUGAUUACUACAUGGAGUUGGUCUCGUAGGUGUGGGAAACUUAGUAUUGAUCUCCCAACCAUUUUUCAUCUCAUUCUCACAACCUGUGGAAAUCUUGCUAAUGUUUUCUUUGUGGUCAUGUUCUUUUCUUGCCUAUAUUGGACUAUAUUCUUUAAGCGGCAAGAUGUUGUGUACUUGUUUUUGUUAACUGACUCUCAAGAGGGGCUCAUCAAGCAAUAUUUAAUUGCUGCUUGUUUCUUGAAGUUGGCACAAAUCAUUCAGAUCUUAUAUGUCCAAGUGACACUUGAUAUGUUCAUCAUUGACUGGGAGCAGCCAAGAGCAAAGAAUUCCCUCCCACAUCCUCAGUUAUCAAAUAGUCUUGAUGAGGAAGAUAAAUCAAAAUCAGAACAGCCAAUUAGUAUAUGGAGGACAUAUUUUAUUACAAAUGAGUGGAAUGAGCUUCAGACUCACAGGAAAAUAAAUGUUGGAUAUCAGUUAUUCUUUACUCUGUUAUUCCUGAAUGUAAUUGGCUUUGAAAAUCUCUCAAGUGCAGAUCCAAGAAGUAACUUCCAAAAGAGUGAUACAGAGUAUAACCCUCCACAAAGUUAUGUAUGUAGAUUUGCUAUUAGUACCACUGUUUUUGUUGUUAUUGCUGUUGUACAGUGGUUUUUCAAAACAGUUUUUUAUGAGCGGUGUGUGGAGAAUAAGAUCCAGCAAUUUGUUGACUUGUGUUCCAUAGCAAAUAUUAGUAUUUUUAUACUGAAACAUACUGUUUAUGGGUAUUAUAUUCAUGGUCGUUCUGUACAUGGUUAUGCUGAUGUAGACAUGCAUUCCUUUUAUGAGCAACUAAAGAGGGAGGAAGAAGACCUUUGUGGACACCGGGGCCUUGAGCCAUCCAGUGAAUGCCAAAUAUUUGAAGUUGCCAUAACACACAAAUUCAGAGAACAGUAUGACACAAUAUUACGGCCUGUACAUGGAUUUGUGGGUAUGCGAAGACCAAGCAAUAGAGGAAGGAUGGCAUCAGCAGAGAUGGAGCAGAGUUUCAAAGCACAUGAAACAAUGAAAAGAUUCUUUGGCAUGUUUCUUCAGCAUGCAUUGAAAGACUUGAAUUAUAUUGUUAAAGAAAAAUUAUUUUUGGAGAGUCUUCUGGAUCUUGAGUUUCAAGAGCCAGAUGAUAGGUGUUUGUUCUUCCGGGACAAUAACCAUGCCUUUGAAAGUGUCUUAUUAUCCGGCCAUGAAGUAUCUUUUGUCUUGUUUGAGAUAUUACUAUUUACUUUUGUUGAUUUGUUAGCUGAAAACUUUGUAUUGGCUGGUUUUGUAACCUUUGUUGUUUCAUACACUAUCAAGAAAGUAAGAUAUGCAUUUGGACGAAAAAAUGUAGUCAGUAAAACCUUAGUAGACCAAAGGUUCUUGAUAUAACUUUCAUUCAUGUCAUCU